CAGAUGAUACGGAAGAUCAUCCAAAUACACUUGAAUAUGCGGAUGUCUUGAUGGCAAAGGGUUCUACUGCAUUAGAUGAAAAGGAUUUUUUUGAAGCCGCCGAAUGUUUCAGUCGCGCCCUAGAAAUUCGGGUAGCUAAUUUUGGAGAGCUUGAUAAAGAAAGAUUUAAUGCAUAUUAUUUCUAUGGAUAUGCAUUGCUACGUCAUGUUCUAGAUGAUGGAACAACUCAAGUAUCGAAUGAAGGUGGUACUACUCAGGCCGAAUCCACUUGUGUUUCUAGUGAUGUGGAAAAUGAUGAGAGUUCUGAUGCUGACGAUAGUGCAACAGGUUUAAACGAGGAAGAAAAUGAUGAAAUUGAAAUUGAUACUGAUGAUACAUCUAAUAACGAUGAGGAUGAGGAUGAAAAUGAGCUGGAUUUGGCGUGGCAAAUACUCGAUUUUGCAAGGGUAAUUUCUGAGACAAGACCAACUCAGUCCAUGAGUAAUGUGUAUAUUCUGUGUGCACUGGGUGAAGUUAAUUGUUACAGAGAUGAUCUCAAAACUAGCCUUGAGGAUUAUCUCAAGGCAUCACAGAUUUUGGAGAGUCUAGUUGAACCAAACUUAAUGGAUAGAGCUAGACAAUACUUUAAUAUGGGUUUGUGUCUUGAAGUGGCAGUGAUCAUAAAAGAAGCUACAUUGUUUUUUGAUAAAGCUCUAAAAUGUUGCUGCUCUGUGUUACCGCUCCUUGUGAGUCAGUUAUGUAGUUUGUCAUCACCAAGAAUAACUUUGUCUGAAUCAGGUGAAGAAGUUCUUGACACUGGUACCAUUUCACAUCAAUCUGAGCAUUCAAAUUUAAUCAGUAAAAUAGAGAAAGAUAUUGCCCAAAUCCGUGACUACUCUAUAAUGCUGGAAUAUAAGUUGAAAGAACUUGAUGAGAUUCAGAAUACACCUAAGGCUAGCCUUGAAGAAGCAAUUAAUGCAUUAUCUAACAAGGUGAGACAAGUUGAGGAGAAUGUUUCCACCAGUAGUACUACUACUAGUACAGAUCUCCAAGUAAGACACUUUGGGAAAUUGGGUGGAUCUGUGAAGAAGAUUAGUGCUGGUAUGUACUCAGAUUCAAUCAAAUCAGGUUCCUCAAAAUAACGCAAAUUGGACUAUCCCGAGGAGGCACAGGAAAGCGAUUAUUCU